AUAUAAAUCCGCACGCCAGGUAGAGUAUAGACUUACCGCGGGACAGUGAGGAUGUGUGUGACAAGACACACGGCAGAAGCUGUCAUGUGUUAAGUUAGAAUCAGGGAGUUGUAAUGUAGACAACUUUAACCCGGGAAAACAGAUAUUGUGUACAGUGUUUGACAGUCACCUGAUAAUCAUGGAGAUUUCUAAAAGACCAUGCAGAACCAAAAAAUGUACUGAAGCGGCUUCCUCCUCGGUGUCUUGUGCUGAAGACAUGACCGACGAGUUCGGUGAAAAAUAUAACUUUCGACGCAGUUCUCUCGUGAACAGGGUCGUUAGUGAAAGAAAACGCAAAGAGACCAAGCAACCGAAGCCAAAGUCGAAACCUCCUCCACUGAGCAAGUACCGACGGAAAGCGGCCAACUCCCGAGAAAGGGGCCGAAUGGAGGAUAUAAACUCAGCUUUUGAAGUAUUAAAAGGAGUUUUACCGAACAUUGAAGCUUGUCCGUCAUCCAAAAUGACAAAAAUCACUACAUUAAGACUCGCCAUGAAUUAUAUAUCCGCGUUGCGGAACAGUCUCGGGUAUGAGGACGAUCUCAACUCGGACGCGUCCUCUUCCCGGUCCUCUAGCAUGUCAUCUGGUGAGGAGGAUAUGUGUCUUAGUCCCUCCUCUCCAGUCUCUGCACCAGAAGACUUCCUUAGCUCGGAGGACAUCGCUUCAUCAGAGGACUUAGGCCUCAACAUCCAUGUUCCCUCAGAACUGCUGCUCAGCUAGUAUAUUUGUGUUUGGUACAGCGGCUGGGCCUCAUUUAGCAUCUCCAUCCUUCGCGGCGUCAUCAUCUACAUUCUCAUCGUGUGAACUGAUCAUCAGCGAAAGAGACCCUUUUGGGAUCAUGUACGGAAUGUUUUACAGGAAAAGGGACCUGUUUCAUAUGUAAAAGUGUAAUACAGGAAAAGGGACCUGUUUUUAGUAUAUAUGUGUUAUAAUUAUGGGGUAGCGAACUCCGUAGUAAUUGUUUGGGGAUUAAAUGAGCCAGUGUCUACACAAAGACUGUAUCAAUAUUACCUCUCUGUAAAUAUAUGUGCGAGAAAUCAUUGAAAGUGCUUUAACUCAUGAACAUAAUUAGUGCUCGGGUAGUGUGUAUACUAUAUGGACAACACACACGUGUGAAGACGCGUUGUGGAGGCACGUACGUGUCAUGCACGUGCAGUCCCAUGGAUUAUUAAUGUAUAUGACUAUAUUGUCUCAGACUUUGACAGAGAAAGGAUUUAUGAACGACAACAUUUAAGUCUCGAUCGUAAGUGAGAAAUACAUAUGAUCACAUAUGCCCAUCUCGGCGACUGGAGAAUCACUCCUAUGUAACUCACGUGACGAAUAUCUUGAUGAACACAUGUUUUUUUACCAAAUGAAGAUUUUUAUUUUAUUUUUUUAUUGAACAAAAUAUUCCUGUUGUCAAAUUAGAAUUUAUAUAUAUAUAGAUAUAUUGUUCAAAUAAUGAUUGUUAAUCUUUCUGUCUACCAUUGUUCUACAAACGCAUUCGUUUAAUUGUAUGUAAGGGAGAAGCCAGGCUGUUCAAAAUUAUCAAAAGUCAUUUAGGAUUUUCCUUUCGUUUUAAGGAAACAAAUCUUUCCUUUCCGUGUUGCUGAUAUUUGACACAGUCUUCCACUGGAAUGUAUUUACUCAACUAACGUUAUACGGUUUGAAAUCGGGCUAUGUGAGUGCUGUAAUUGUGAAAAUAUAACUAUAGUUUUUAAUUUUAAAAACUUUUCUAUCGACAUUUAAUGUAUAUCAUAAUGAUAAAGAGUCUUAUAAGAUGUGUCCAUCAUGUAUCAUAUUAAAAUUUACAUAAAAUUUUCUAUUAUUUUUGCAAUAUUUUUUUUCUAUUUUUGCAAUAUUUUAUUCUCAAACGUACGACUAAUACGACAAUUAAUGAAGAAUUGGAGAUUUGUAUAAAUAUUUGAACAGUCAGGCGGAAUGUGUGAGUGUAAGAUAAAUGGAAGCGUGAACCUUUUACAGGGACUCUCAGAUGGUACAUAUCAUUACAAUAUUGAAAUAAUAAUGUUGACAAAAAAAUCUCU